GAUGGAGUGGCAGGAAAAACUUCUUUCUUGCAUCAUACUCCUUUAAAUGUUUUGCCGUUGGGAUCCCAGUGGUAUCGAUGGGAAACAGUUUGGGGCAGAGUUCAGACGGUUCUCCCUGGAUCGCUACAAGCCAGGAAAGUUUGAAGACUUCUAUAAACUAAUCCUUCACAUUCAUCACAUAGCCAACCUGGAGGUGAUGAUUGGAUAUGCUGAUGUGCAUGGAGACCUUCUCCCCAUUAAUAACGAUGACAACUUCUUCAAGGCUGUUUCAAGUGCUCACCCGUUGCUCAGGGUUUUUAUACAAAGGCAAGAUGAAGUGGACUACAGUAAUUUUGGUACCAACACGCUGUCAAGGAAGAAGAAGGCUCUAGUGACACUCCGCAAUGACAACCUUCGCCGGCGCCCUCACAUUAACAUCAGCAUGCCUCAUGAUUUUAGACCGGUAUCUUCUAUAAUUGAUGUGGACAUUCUUCCUGAAACACACAGGAGAGUGAGGCUGUAUCGACAUGGCUGUGAGAAACCGUUAGGAUUUUACAUUCGCGAUGGCACCAGCGUAAGGGUUACUCCUCAUGGACUAGAAAAAGUACCUGGUAUCUUCAUCUCGCGUAUGGUUCCCGGAGGCUUAGCGGAGAGCACAGGCUUGCUGGCUGUGAAUGAUGAAGUCCUGGAAGUUAAUGGUAUUGAGGUAGCAGGAAAGACUCUUGACCAAGUCACAGACAUGAUGAUUGCUAACAGCCAUAAUCUUAUUAUCACGGUCAAACCAGCAAACCAGAGGAACAAUAUUAUUCGAAGCAGUAGGAUGUCUGGUAGCUCUGGCCAGUCUACAGACAGCACUGCUAGUCACCAUAGCUUGCCUACAUCCCACGUGCUGCAAAACUUCCACCCUGAUGAAAUGGAGAGCGAUGAAGAGGCUGACAUUGUCAUCGAGGGCGGUCUCGAGCCACAGCACAUUCCUAAACUGCACAGCCUUAUGUCUAGUAGCCUCUCUCGAAUCAAUGGCAGCAGUCUUAGCCACAGACUUCAAAGGGACCUGGCGCUCAACAGCAGCUCUGGCCGAGAAAGCAAUGGCAACAUCCACAAAUUACUCAGUUCCUUAAAAACUGACCCCCGGCACAGUCUGGUUAUCCCCAGAGGAGGUAUCGAGGAGGAUGGAACAGUCAUCACACUUUAGUGGCAAUUCCUGCAACUCUGUUCUCAGUCUUAAGUGCCAAUUGGGACAACUGACUCUUGGCAACGUGUGAUGCACAAAACAAAGAAAACCGAUAUUCUCAUAGACCUCAUAGGUGCAAAAAAUGUUGCUUUUUAGGAAACAUGGCAUCUGGAAUUAGACACAAAACUGUCAUGCACUGCAAAAUUUGUCAGGGGAAGCCAGAGUAUAAAACCUGGUUUAUAUCUCAGCCCUAAAAUGAGAAUGCAACCUAGUUUUAGUUUGUAUAAAUCUUAUAGGUUACCAAUGGCAGUGCUACUUGGGUUUGAAUGCAUGGGUGGAUGUAUUUAUACAUGCAUGUAUAUGAAUUAGAUUUUAAUAGUAAUAACAGACCUGUCUAUUUGAAGUGGAGUCUGUUUUUCCUCUAAUACCAGUUUUAAGAGUGCUUUGUAAUAGCCAUCCGUUCUUCUACCGUUACAUACAGACCUUCCACUAACUUUUUUUACACGGUUUUUACCAGCGUUAUGUCUAAUCCAGACAAGCUCCGUAAAAGCAGCAGUUUCCUACUCUGGUGGAACAAUGCUGGGGAGAUGCUGCAAAUACGUUUUCCAAAUGAAACUGACCAAAUAAAACAUAAAUGAAAUAUAUUUUUUUAAAGCUUGAUGAGGGGAGAGUGGAGUAUGAUGCUAUUAUUGCUUUGAGAUCAGCACCACCCACUGGUCAGAAGCGGUCCUGCCUGCAACACAAACUUGUACUGUAUGGGAAAAGAAAAAUAGACUACAAGGAGGGUUUAAAAAUAGGUUCAGCACCAUUAAGUGGAAAGUGCAUUCUUUCUUUUUCGAUAUUUAUUAGAUAAUACCUCUUUUUCAAAUUGCUGGCUUUUUUCA